UCCCUCCCUCCCUUCCUCUCUCUCUCUCUCUCUCUCUCUCUCUCUCUCUCUCUCUUCUGGAUUUAUCCUUUUCCCUUCUGUAGUUUUUUAAUUGAUGCUCUGUAUCUGAUUCCCUUCACUCCCUCCCUCCCUCUCUCUCUCUCUCUCUCUCUCUCUCUCUCUCUCUCUCUUCUGGAUUUAUCCUUUUCCCUUCCAUAGUUUUUUAAUUGAUGCUCUGUAUCUGAUUCUCUUCACAUAAAUCUUAGUUUCUCUGUAUUUGACAUUGAAAAAGUCUCUUGAUUUCACAUCUUUAAGUUCACACGUGAACUGGGUUUUUGUCAAAUUUGGUGCUUUUGAACUCUGAAAGUUAGAAUUGUCUGAGAUUGCUGCCACCCAGCUUACCAUGGUACUCUAUUUGGGUUUUUUUAGCUGUAGUCAAUGCAUUAAAUUAAGGAUUCAGGGGGUAGUUGGUGGGUAAGAAAAAGUUAAGCGGUUGAAUGCUUUUCGCCAAUUCACAUAAGUGCUUUCAUCUUGAUCCUUUUCUGGGUCAAAGUUGUCUGCGUUUCUCCUGCUGGCCAGCUAUCUGGUACUUCUCCUGGUACUUCUCGGUACUUCUCUCUCUCUCAAUUCAGCUUGACAUGUGAAGUUCUAUGCCUCCUUUGGUGUUGUAAAUCAGUUUUUGUUCUGCCUUGACUUUUGAUCAUAUUUUGGGAUUAUGCUUACAAGGCUAAUUCCGUAGAUUCUGCGAUUGGUUACCUCAUAGUUGAAAGUGUUUUUUUUUUUCUAGGCAUCCUCCUUUCCUCUAGGGUCCUUUGUAUUGAAAAGAUGUUUUGCGUCUUCUCUGGUUAGUUCUAUUGUUCUUCUGCAGUCUUCCAUUUUUUGAAAUCUUAGUGAAGUACCGGUUUUCAUUUGGCCAUGGGGGAUAUGAAUUUCAUUCAUUUCAUGGGGUUCAUAUUUCUGUCUGUUCUUAUCUCUUCUGAAACCUGCCUGGCUAGUGUUCGAAAUUUUGGUUCGAUUAAUUCGUCGUUUCAAUGGGCUCAAAUGGACUGGAUUGACAACAAUGGGUUGUUUCUGUUAUCUAACAAGUCCGAGUUUGGUUUUGGCUUCCAGACUACUCCCAAUGAUGUCACAUUGUUUCUGCUGGUUGUUGUCCACAAGGACAGUUCUACGGUGGUCUGGACUGCGAAUAGGGGUUCCCCGGUUUCAAAUUCUGAUAAAAUUGUGUUUGAUGCUAAGAGUGGUGUGUCUUUGCAAAAAGGUGGAAGGGUGGUUUGGUCUGCGGAUACUGGUGGUAAAAGCGUAUCUACAGUAGAAUUGCAGGACUCGGGAAAUUUAGUUUUGAAUGGAGAUGACAAAGGAGUAGUUUGGCAGAGUUUUAGCCAUCCAACUGAUACCCUAUUAUGGAAUCAGGAAUUUUCGGAAGGAAUGAAGCUUGUAAGCAAUCCUAGCUCUAACAACUUGAGUUAUAUUCUUCAAAUCAAGUCCGGGGACUUGGUUCUUUCCGCAGGUUUCCAAACACCACAGCCGUAUUGGUCUAUGGCGAAAGAAAGCCGUAAAACAAUCAACAUAGACGGUGGUGUAGUCACUUCAGCAACUAUCAGUGAAAAUUCAUGGAAGUUCUUUGAUCGAUUCAAAGCGUUGCUAUGGCAAUUUAUUUUCUGGAGCAAUAUUGAUGCAAAUGCCACAUGGAUUGCAGUUUUAGGAAGUGAUGGAUUUAUCUCUUUCGACAAUCUUCAGAAUGGAGGGUCAAGUGGUCCUUCAGAAACAAAAAUACCAAGCGAUUCGUGCAGCACACCAGAACCUUGUGAUUCAUACUUCGAAUGUUAUAGUAACAACAAGUGCCAGUGCCCUUCAGGUCUCAGCUCGCGUACUAAUUGCAAGGCGGGGGUUGUCUCCUCAUGUAAUCCUUCGGAGGGUUCUACAGAGCUUGUAAAUGCUGGGGAUGGGCUCUAUUAUUUUGCAUUGGGAUAUAUUCCACCUUCUUCGAAAACUAAUUUGAAUGGUUGCCAAACGUCUUGCCUUGGCAACUGUUCGUGUGUUGCUAUGUUCUUCCAAAACAGUACAAGAAAUUGUUUUCUGUUUGACAGAUUAGGUAGCUUCCAAAAUUCUGACAAGGGCUCUGGCUUUGUUUCUUACAUUAAGGUCUUGAGGGAUGGAAGCAGUGGGAAGAGCGGAAACAGCAAGAAACACUUCCCUUAUGUUGUGAUCAUAGCCAUCUCGACAGUACUUGUUAUUUGUGGCCUACUUUUUAUGGGAUACCGAUACUACAGGAGGAAGGCAAGAUCACCAGAAUCUCCUACAGGGACCUCAGACGAGGAAAAUUUCUUUGAAAAUAUGACUGGCAUGCCCACGUUCAGUUACAGAGAUCUCCAAACUGCAACAAAUAACUACUCGGUGAAGCUAGGGCAAGGAGGUUUUGGCUCGGUUUACCAAGGGAGUCUCCCAGAUGGGACUCAACUGGCUGUGAAGAAGUUGGAAGGCAUUGGUCAGGGAAAGAAAGAGUUUCGAGCUGAAGUUAGCAUCAUUGGCAGUAUCCAUCAUCUGCACUUGGUCCGGCUCAGGGGCUUCUGUGCAGAAGGAAGUCAUCGACUUCUGGUUUACGAUUACAUGGCAAAUGGGUCUCUUGAUAAAUGGAUUUUCAAGAAAAACAACGGAAAAUUCCUAUUGGAUUGGGAGACAAGAUUCAAUAUAGCAUUGGGUACGGCUAAAGGGCUAGCAUAUCUCCAUGAAGAUUGUGAUGUGAAGAUUGUUCACUGUGACAUAAAACCUGAAAAUGUUCUCCUCGACACUAAUUACCUUGCCAAAGUCUCAGAUUUUGGUUUGGCAAAGCUAAUGACCAGGGAACAGAGCCAUGUUUUCACAACGCUAAGAGGAACCCGAGGGUACCUUGCACCGGAGUGGAUCACCAACUACGCAAUAUCAGAGAAGAGUGAUGUGUACAGCUAUGGAAUGCUCUUGCUAGAGAUCAUUGGUGGGAGAAAGAAUUACGACCCGACAGAAACUUCAGAAAAAUCCCAUCUUCCAUCUUAUGCCUUCAAGAUGUUGGAAGAAGGCAAAAUGAGGGACAUCCUGGACACAAUGCUAGGGAAGGAUGAAGCCGACGAGAGGGUACACACAGCCAUUAUGGUUGCACUGUGGUGCAUACAGGAAGACAUGUCUGUGAGACCAUCAAUGACGAAGGUUGUCCAAAUGCUUGAAGGCCUGUAUCCCGUUCCCCAGCCUCCAACCUCCAACUCAAUGGGGUCUCGCCUUUAUUCGAAUUUCUUCAAAUCAGUCAGCGAUGAGGGGACUUCCUCAGGACCAUCAGACUACAACAGCGAUGCCUACCUUUCUGCAGUGCGCCUCUCCGGCCCAAGAUAACAUUUGCUGAAGAUGAGAGAGAUGUACACAUUGUUUACUACCAUAUUUCUGUAUAUUUUUCUCCGUUUACGCAAAUUUUGUAACCCUAGCCGUUACUUUUCUUUUAGCUCAAGUUAUUUAUAUUUUCCUAUUUUUCUCGGCAUUGCUUGUUCAAUAAAUAAUGAGGUUCAAUAUUUGAACCGCUUUGAUUCC